AUGGGCCAAGGCGUCCUUCAGCGUCUCAUGGUGCCAGAGCCUCACAGCAGCUCUGACUUCAAGGUCGCGGAUGCCGUCGAUGAAUGUCUACACCAGGUUCCUUUCAAUGAGUACAGGUACAGACCGAUUGUUGUAACAUCUGAUAAGGAAAACGGAACAAACAACAGUCCUACCCUUUUUGAAGGCUCAUCAAGCGUUAGCUUUAGCACUGAUUGUGAAGAUAGCAAAAUCGCCGACUUAAGUGUUAAUGUAAAGAUAGUAGAAAUCAGGGAAAAUUGA